AUGGUCCUAGGCCUCUUCAAUUCGAUCCCUGGGCCGUUGAAAGAGGGUCGGCGGAAAGAAAAAAUCAUGAGGGACCUCUUCAACAAAUGCAAGUAAGUAAGAUGCCGAACAUGAGAGUGGACACUGGCUGUAUUAGCUAGUGUGUAUUCCUGCUAUAUCGGUAGAUGUUGCGAUCAGACGUCCUGGGAGAAAAAGAUGUACUUCCACACCUCCAGACAAAGCAGAGAGGGAACGAGGCAUAUAUCUGUACUGUUUACAGGCUUGAACACGAGUUGCAGGAAAUGAGAGAGCACAAUUCUACGAGUCCAGCAGGUGGGUGCUUGACUGCCCUUCUCUAGCAACCAGCCCACCCACCCACUCAUAUUGUCCCCCACUGAUUGUUUCAUUCAUUUAGUGUCCCCGGGCGCUUCUGGCGACAGCCCCUACAAGCCUGGUGCACCACGCAUUACUCUUCUUGUGCUGGACGUCAGUAUGUAUUUAUGUAUCUGAUUCAGAGACAGACACGGAUUUGUGUAAGAUUGGAGCAAUUCACCCUCAGCACUGGCCAAGCAACCAGGUGAUGGGGUUAGGAUAUAUCCCCAUGCAUUCAUACAUACGUUUUUGCACCGCCCAGCAACCGAUGGACCACGAGCUGCUUGAGCCGAUCUACGGCUACCGCACGAGCAAGAGCAAGAAAGAAUACCGCCACUGCAGCAUCGACGAGAAAGAGAUCUGUGUGCUGGUAACUUUUGUGUUCCGGCUGCAAGGCGAAUAAUUUCCGUCCUACAUAUUCUGUCUGAAGCGUGUGGGCUGCUUCCGUAUGCGUUUGGUUCAUACAGGAGGGCAAACACAGAAUGGCCUCCCGGGAAGGCGACCCCGACCGAUACAUGUCGAUCAUCACAGGCCAUUGUUACAAGGGGCGUGAGCAGGAAACCAAGCUCUGCGAUGUCCGGAACAGGCUGACCAUCAAGCUGAGGGCCGACGAUCUACACAACAAAUACAAGAUGCGUGUCUGUACGUACUCAAUUUGGGCAUCAAUCCACACAUGCACACACACAUACACAGCACAUGCUAAUAGGGUGUUGCUGUCUCCUGUGCCCUGCAGGUUUUCCCAAAUCUGGUGGCGCAAGCGUUAAGCCAAGCCGCAGCUUCCACGACGCUCUGCAGGCCAUCAAGAACUACUGA